UUCUUCUUUUUCGACAAAGACGAAAACCAAAUUGUCUGUGAGAAAUUAAAUCCGUUUCAAGAAAUCAUCUUUCUCUUCCACAUCUCCCGCUCCAAAAAAGAUGACCAAUGUUUUUUUAAAAGAAAUGGAUAUCAAAAGAUGACCAAUUCUGCGUCCUCUAUUACGGUCGUGAUGGUGAACUCAUCAAGACAUGACCCGAGGAUCAAUCCAAAGUCAGAGAUAUGGCCGAGAGUCAACGACGAGAAGAAGAGAUCUCUUGAGAAAGACAAUAAAUUCUCUGAGAAAUUCUUAGCAAUGGAGUACUCGUUGGAGGGUCGUUUAGGGUUAUUCCGAGACAAGCUUCGUGUUCUUCAGACCGAGCCAAAUCAGAGUCUUGCGGUUUUAUUCGAUUGUGGUGCAUCAAGGACCGAACAAAUUCAGAACUUUACGAAAUCUUUUGCCGUGGAAUCAGACACCAACUUU